AUGGAAUCGUAUUCCAGCGAUUUUACCAUGAAAAAUCUUGUGGUCGUUAAUAAUGCUUAUCCGAAUCCACCAUUAACACGUAAACAGUGUCACAGGUUGUGUGGGCAAACGUGUUCGAGAUUAUCUCUGAGUGCAAAUGAAAAAGCCAAGAAGUACUUCUCCAGAUUUUACAAAUUUAGGCAAAUGGAUUUUGAGUAUGCUUCAUGGCAAAUGGUUAACGUUUUCGUUUCUCCUCAGAAGUUAUAUAGAAAUUUCAGCUAUCAUCACUCUACUCGCAAUCAAUGGGCUCGUGAUGAUCCUGCAUUCAUGAUUCUUUUCAUUCCUUGGAUGUUUGUAUCUACUACAAUAUACUCAGUUAUUCUUGGUCAUUCGUUCUGGGGCUGGCUAAGGCUUCUCCUCUGGUCUUUAACUGUCGAAUGCAUACUCUCUGGUCUCUUGGUGGCGACAUGCAUGUGGAUUAUCACAAACCACUGGAUGCUCGGCAUGGAACAUGUCAACAAUAGUGGGUACCUCCUCAGGCGUCAAUUUUCGAGCACUUCGGACGAUGAAUCGGUCACUUCUGACGGCUCUCACUUACAUACUUCCGAUGUUGAGUGGGCCUACGCCUUUGAUAUUCAUCUAAAUGCCCUGUUUCCUUGCAUAAUCAUCCUGCGCAUCACCCAACCCAUGUUCUUCUAUUUGGUCGCCAGUCUUUGUCUCUUUGAAACACUUUUACACUACUUUAUAGUCAUUCGAAGGCCAACACUUGUGGGUAGUCUCAUCGGGAACUCGUUCUGGCUGGCUGGAAUUCUCUACUAUAUAUACAUUACCUUUCUGGGCUACAAGGCGCUGCCCUUCUUGAGGCACACACGAGGCAUCCUCCUGACCGGGACCCUCUUCAUCAUCCUUUACAUUGUUUCUGUGAUGCUGCGUUGGAAUUUCACAAUGGCUAUGUGCAGUUUCUAUUCUCUGUUUUGA